AGUACUUCAAUAUCUCUCUUGCCCUAACCUCCAAAACUGCGAAUCGGGAAUUCCGAUACUCGCUCCGAAAGCACAGCAUCUUCCUUUGAGCUUUCGAGUAACCAAUAAAAGCACCUAUAGAUCUCGAACAGCUGUGAGAGCCACCAAAGAAACAAUCACCGGCCUAAAUAUGGAUGAUAAUUCAGUGCACUGUGGCAAAGAAAUGUGUACUAGAGAUGGCACAGACAGUUCUUCUCACAUGGUAGGAAAAGAAAAUACAGGGCCAACCGUCAAUAUGGAUAUGCCAAAAUAUAGAAACAUAGAAUACUCACAGAAUGUACUCAACUUGAAGUCUUUCAGAAUCGUCGAGCCUCGUGAAGGAAUGGAAUUCGAAUCGAAGGAGAAUGCUUUUACAUUCUACAAGGAAUAUGCCAAAUCAUUUGGUUUUUGUGUUAUAAUAAAGGCUAGUCGUAGGUCCAGAAUAUCUGGAAAGUUUAUUGAUGCAAAAUUUGCCUGUACUAAAUAUGGAGACAAGAGAGAAUCUGGUGUGGUUGAUGUUUCAGAUCCUGUAACAAAUUCAAAUAAUGGCAUAGGUGUUCAUGGGAAGAAAAAACGAGGUAGAACCAAUCGGUCGUGGGAGAAAACCGAUUGCAAGGCUUGUAUGCAUGUCAAGAGAUUGCAAAGUGGAAAAUGGGCAAUUCAUAGUUUCAUAAAGGAGCAUAAUCAUGAAGUUUUUCCAGAUGAAUCCUAUUAUUUUCGUGGUCACGGAAAUUUAGAAGUCGGUAGCAGUAACACUGAUGUCUUGCAUAGCAAUAGAGCAAGAAGAAAAAGUAAGCUUUGUAUGAAGUCCAAGCUGUCUGGAGGUUGUACAAUAGCCAAGAAGCAAAACGUUGUUGCCAUUGAUCAAGUAUGUAAGGCGCGACGUCUGGCUAUAGACGAAGGCGAUGUUCAAGUUAUGUUAGACCAUUUUGUUUGUAUGCAAGAUGAAAAUCCUAACUUCUUUUACUCUAUUGACCUGAAUGAAAAGCAGUGUUUAAGAAAUUUGUUCUGGGUUGAUGCAAAAGGCAGACUUGACUAUGCCAAUUUUGCGGAUGUCGUUUUCUUCGACACCACGUACAUUAAGAACGAGUAUAGAUUAUCGUUUGCACCUUUUAUAGGCGUUAAUCACCAUUGUCAGUUCGUUUUGCUCGGAUGCUCAUUGGUUGCUGAUGAGACCAAGUCUACAUAUGCUUGGCUGAUGCGGGCAUGGCUUAGAUCAAUGCAUAAAUGUCCUCCAAAAGUGAUCCUCACUAUACAAGAUGAAGCCCUUAAGGAAGCCAUUGCGGAGGAAUUGCCUAAUUCUUUCCAUUGUUACUGUUUGUGGGACAUUUAUAGCAAGAUACCAGAAAAGCUUAGUCAUGUAAUGAGACAACGUGAAAAUUUUAUAUCAAUGUUCGACGAGUGUAUUUUUAAGUCUUGGACAAUCGAAGAGUUCGAAAAACGGUGGCUAAGAAUUGUUGACAGGUUCGAACUAAGUCAUGAUUCAUGGUUUAAGUUGCUGUAUGCAGAUCGUAAUCGAUGGAUACCUGCGUGUUUGAAAAACAUUUUUUUGGCAGGGAUGUAUACACGCCAUAGGCCAGAAGGUAUCAACUCUUUUCUUGACAAGUACAUACAGAGAAAAACAUCACUUAGGGAAUUCUUAGACCAUUAUAGAACAUUUGCACGAGAUAAAUUCGAAGAGGAAGGAAAAGCAGAUUUAGAAACUUUGCAUAAACAGCCAGGAUUGAAGUCUCCAUCUCCUUUUGGGAAGCAAAUGGCUGGAUUAUACACGCAUGCAGUAUUUAAAAAGUUCCAAGUGGAGGUUUUAGGAGUAGUUGCUUGUCAUCCAAGGAAGAUAAGCGAAGAUGGAGUGAUAAAAGUUUUCAGGGUUCAAGAUUUUGAGAACAACCAAGACUUUCUCGUGGAGUGGAACGAAGCAACUUCGGAUAUCUCCUGUUUAUGCCGAUCGUUUGAAUUCAACGGUUACCUCUGUCGACACGUAAUGAUUGUUCUGCAAAUCUCUGGUAUACAUUGUAUUCCUUCUCAAUAUGUAUUGACUCGUUGGACAAGGGAUGCAAAGAGUAGACAACAAACCCGGAAAGGAUCUCAUGUCGAGUCGAGAGUACAACGGUAUAUAAAUCUUUGUCAGCAGGCGUUUAGAUUGAGCAAUGAAGGGUCCUUGUCCCAUGAGAGUUAUAACGUUGCGUUUGAUGCUUUGGAAGAAGCUUUGAGGAAAUGUGAGAGUUUGAAUGUCUCAAUCCAACCAUCCCUUGUAGCUCAUAGUAGUAGUAGCCAUGAAUCAGAAGAGGUAAACCAGGGUAAGAACGCUAACAAGGACAAUAAAAAGAACACGACCAACGUAAGCAGACAGGAUUGUUUUGAGCCAGAAAUUAACACUGUCAGGAUUCAUGAUGGCUGGCAACAAUUGGCACCAGCCCUUCACUACCCUGAUGAACAGGGGGACUCACAAGGGGUAGUACGGCUCACUCUCGACGCCCUCUGAUACUAUUUGAAAUAUUUGAUACUGUUUAAAAUUGUAUCAUUUAUACUCCUAGGAACAUAGGUGCAGAAAAGCUCCAUCUCUUGAGAGCUAUAGAGCUGCUCAACAACAGCUUAUGCAUGGAAUGGAAAAAGACAGUUCCAUCGCUUCUAGCCGCGGGUUGUUUCGAGCAUCGACAUAGCAUACGAGGGGCAGGGAAUCGAUUCAUACGACCUCUGCAUGGAGUCGUAAGAGAUGUUUGAAUAUCAUCUAUUCCACUUUUACUGACAUUAUUAGUUGAACAAAACAAACAAAACGUCGACUUGUAGGAGCAAUCGAACUUCAAACCCGACGCAAUUUCAGGUCGCUUAGACCUUCAAGUUGGUCAACAGGAUGUGGACCCAUCUAGCGCGGAAUCCACAAAAGUUCAUAGCAUUUCAUCCAAUCAAUGCAAUUGAGAAUCUUUUUCCAUAGCCGAUCAUCUACAGCAGUAACCAUCUUUAGUGUACAUGAAUCCGAACCCGAACAUGAAAUCUUAGUAUCAACCGUUCGAGUAUCAUACUCCUUCCAUUUACUACUUGUCAUGGCAAAAGUAGAAACUACCUAAGAAGUAAGAAUAUAGAUAUAAUACAACACGAACUAUGUUCAUAUAUCUAACAUAUUAUUUUUCAUAUA